AUGACGAAGUUUCAAUGCACAACAUGUCAAGAAACUCUGGAUGCAGAAUCCAUGAUGAAACAUUUGAAUUCAACAAGACAUAAGACAGUUAAAUCCAUUGAAGAUGAUGAAGAAUUAAAUUGUGAAGAAUGUCAAGAUAAUAAUAAUAUCCACCAAUUACAGAUAAUUAGAAUAGGUGGUGAAGAUAUAAUAUUAAUUUGUAAUUCCUGCGUUGAAAAAAAAUUUAACAUAAACGAAAAACCGAAAACUUCUUAUAGUCUAUCGAAUGGUGCCAUUUUAAAAUAUUGGGAUAAUUAUACUAAAGUUAGAGACUGUUCUUGUAAGAGAUGUGGCAACGAAUCAAAUUUGAAUGUUAACCUGACUAAUAAGCAGCUAAUACUUUGUGAUAAUUGUUUGAAAGAUGAUCCUAAGCAAGACAGUUCAAAAUUUGUUUCUGAAAAAACAGGGAAGUUUUUAUAUACUUUUCUAGGUAUCAAGGAAACAUCCUCGUCGUCCUCUUCGAAAUUUAAGAGGAAAGGUGGGGGAAGGAAAAUUGGGAGAGGAAAGAAACGUGGACGUGGUGGUGCUAAAUCAGCCUCAUCAUCAUCAGCUGGAAAGAAGAAAGAGAAAAAACCAUUAACAUUUUUACAAAAGCUAGAUAAAGAAGCUCUCAAAACUAAAAAAUUGAAUAGUACUAUCGAAAGUGGAAGUAAUUUGAGUUUAAAAUCAUUCAAAGGUUUCAAAGCAACGACAAAAUCAGAUUUCGCAGCUCAAUUCUUGGCACCUUCAAAUGAAAAUGUCGCCUCUGUUGCAAGUACGGGGAACUUUUUAUCAUUAGGUAAUACUAACUCAUCCAAAUCUUCUUCACCAUCUCCAAUAAUUCAACAUCCAGCUCAGAGAACUAACACAAGACAAAAGCCGAACCAGAAACAAACAAAAUCUAAUCCCACGUCGAGAGCUAUCACCCCAGAUAUCAGUACUAAAGGCAGUAAGCAUAAAGGGCCAAAAGUUACUGAUAAGAAAAAUGCCAAGCAACCAACUACAAUAACAUCUAUGCCAACGAAUCCUCAAAAUAAGAACAGUAAUACUACUAAGAGUACUGGAUGGGCACAAGGUUUUGAAGCACCUAAAAAAGUUAAAAAUAUGCCCAAAUCUAUACUUGAGCCGACAGUUCAAAAUACUAAGAAUGCCAAGAAAAAAACAUCAAAAGCUGUUGAAAAAACUAAGCAAAUAUCAAAGAAACAUGUGAAUCAGAAGGGCCAUACGGAAUCAAACCCUAAACCAGUUGUACCCAUAGAUGAGGACUUUUGGAGUAGUGGAUGGGAUAAUGCUCUUCCUGAAAAGGAAGGUGUUACUGCCUCAAUUUCUAGUCCUCAACCAACAAGGAUAAAGCAAAAUGGUAACCAAAAGAAGGAAUUAAUUCCUAUACCGUCAAAUAAAGAAAAAGGUCAAAAUAGAAAAAACCAAAAUACGAGAAGUAAUAAGAACAAUACGAAAGAAAAGACACCAAUUCCUCCAAUUCAACAUAAGAAAGAAAGGAACCCAAAAGGGAAAUCACCAACUCCUUCAUAUACAAAUGAAGUUUUAGAGGAAGGUGUCCCCAUUAAAAAAUUUGUGAAAUAUACACCAAAAUUAACAUACCCUGAUUUAAGGACAUAUUGUGACGAAUUUUCGUAUGCAUUAUUUUUAGAACAAAAGUUAGAGAAUGAUUUUAUUCAAAAUUUUGAUAUUACAUGGUCCAAGGAUAAAAAUGAAACAGUAUUUGUUGUUAGUCUUGAUAGACAUAAUAAUCCAGAAAUUGAAAAACUUAUUCCACCGGCAUUAGCUCAAGUAGUUAAAGUCCCAUUCAAUGAGAGACAACCUUUAAUGUUAUCAUCUCAUGAUGAAUCUCUUGUUUGGUAUUCUUUCAUCAAGGAAGUCGGAUUACAAAAAAAUAAAAUUGUACUUUUAUUAGAAUUAUUUUCAUGGAAUAAAUUAUCAUUACCAACGCGAAGUGGAUCUGAUCAAUUUAAACUAUUACCUAUAUCAGCACAAGCGAAUAGAAUUCUUUUUGCCAUGACAAGAAUUAAGAAUCCUAAAUUUAUUGACUUAUUACUAGGUUUAAAACCGAUAAAACAACUUAUUUUCAAUAAUAAAUUGAAGUUUAAUAGAAGUACGUUAAAUGAUUCUCAAAAGUUAGCAGUACAACAUGUUUUAAAUAAUAGUAUUACAGUUAUCCAAGGUCCACCUGGGACAGGUAAAACGUCAACUAUCGAAGAGAUUAUUUUACAAUUAAUUGAAAAUUUCCAUAGUUUCCCGAUUUUAUGUGUAGCUGCCUCAAAUAUUGCCAUCGAUAACAUUGCUGAGAAAAUUAUGGAAAGUAGACCAAAUAUUAAGAUCUUAAGAAUUUUAUCAGAUAAAAAGGAAAGUCAGUAUGGUCCCGAUCAUCCAUUAGGUAAAAUAUGUUUACAUAAUAAGAUUUAUGAAAGAUUAUCACCAGAGAUGAAAGAUAUUGCCAAUAAAUUUCGUUUUGGUAGAAGAGACGAAGUUUCUAAAAACCAAGAUAAUAAAUAUUAUCAAGAAAAGACAAGUAUUACGAAUAAAUUAGUUGCUCAAACUCAAAUCAUUUUCACUACAAACAUUACAGCAGGUGGGCGUCAAUUGAAAGUGAUAAAAGAAUUACCUGUGGUCAUUAUGGAUGAAUCAACACAAUCAUCUGAAGCAUCAACAUUGGUCCCAUUAUCCUUACCUGGGAUUAAAAAGUUUGUAUUUGUUGGUGAUGAAAAGCAAUUAUCAAGUUUUAGCAAUAUUCCUCAUUUAGAAAUGUCCUUAUUCGAAAGAAUUCUAGCGAAUGGAACAUAUGAACAACCUCAUAUGCUAGAUACACAAUAUAGAAUGCAUCCCCAAAUUAGUAAGUUCCCAAUUCACAAAUUUUAUUAUGGUGAAUUAAAAGAUGGGGUCACAGCAGAACAAAAGCAAUUACCAAAUAUCAAACACCCAUUAUUUUUUUACCAAUCUAAUAAUGGCUAUGAAAGUACAGUUGAAAAUAGACAAAAUGGUAUUAAAGCAUUCACUUAUAAUAACAAGUAUGAAUGCCAAGAUAUCCUCAAGAUCUUGUAUAAGUUAAUCCUGGAGAAAAAUGUUAAACAUGAAGAGAUUGGUAUUAUUACACCAUAUUCAGCUCAACGUGACUUAUUAUCAGAGCUAUUGGUUGCUGAUCCCGUAGUGAAUCCAUAUGGUAGAUCCAUGGAACAAGAAACAGAUGAAGCAGAAUUCUUAAACUCUAAACACACUUUAGGUAAUGAUAUUCAAUCACAUACGGUUAACAUUAUUAAUGGGUUACAUGUUGCGACUGUUGAUUCGUUCCAAGGUCAUGAAAAGAAUUUCAUUAUCUUUUCAUGUGUUAGAAACAACCCAGAGAAUAAGAUUGGGUUUCUACGUGAUAGAAGGAGAUUGAAUGUUGCAUUGACGAGAUCCAAGAAUGGAUUAAUUUUAGUUGGCAACAAAGAAGUUCUUAAGAAGGGUGAUAACUUAUGGAGAGAUUUCAUGGUAUUUUUGGAGAAAGAAAAGGUUAUCUUUGAUAGCCUAGAUGAUUAUUGA